AUGUCAAUUUUUGGUGAAUUGCUACCUAAAUUAGAAGAAAUAUCAAAUGCUUAUAUUAGAAAUUUUGACGAUGACCUCGAGGCCGCAUUUCUCGCUUUGGAUAAGUUCAAAGAAGAAUAUCUGAAUUCUAAAAGUAAAAGCCGCGAUAAGAAUCAAAAGGAUAAAAAUCAUACGACAAUCCUUCAAAGCAUACAUGAGGAUGAAGAUGAAACACCAAAAGCCGACGAACCAAUACAUAACACAGAACAGAGAUCGAAGAAACGUAGCAAACAUGAAGUUGAAGGUAUGGAGAGCCCCGAGAUUGAAAAACGACCAAAAAGAAACGCCUCCAUUAAAGCUCAAAGUGUUAUAAGCAAACAAGUAAAUCAAAACUUAACUGAGAAACUCCGUAGAGAGAACUCAACUCAGUCGCGCAGGCGCAGAAAAGAUGACGACAAAGAAAAUGAACCAGCACCGAUACUGCAGAUAAAACUGGAGAAAAUUUCUAUCGUUCCCGAGCCAAUAGAUAUCGAAUCUGUACCAGUUAAUAUAGAAGUGAAGCAAGAACGUAAAGAAGAAGUAGCCAUGCCCCCUCCGCCUGUUCCGAAACCACGCAGAAAGGUCGAUAAACCGGAAGAAAAUGACCAAGGGGAUACGGAAAGGAGACGGACAACCCGGAACCGGAAACAGACGGACUCCAUGACGUCACAAACAGCUCCACGACCGGUACGUUCAAGUCGCGCUAGACUAACAGAACAAGAAGACAAAGAAGGGAACAAGCGAACCAGGGGGAAAAAGGCUCAAGAAACAUCAACCGUUGAGGCUGAAAAAGACACUGUUGUUGAAAAUGAAACAGCCUCCCCGGCUGAAAAACCACGACCGAAACGUACUAGGAGAGCUAGAAAAGUAUCUGAAAAACAAGAUAUCGAAAAUAAAACUGAAAAUGAUAAUGAAAAACAAGAAAAUGAAGUGGAAAUUAAAGCAAUAGACACAGUAGACAGUGAAAUGACAUCACCGGUACUACAGAAAAUAAUACCAAAGACAAAACAUAGACAAGAACAUAACAUAGAGCAUACAGAUAACAUAGACAACAAAGAAGAUGAACCACAGAAUGAUAUGGAAAAAACGAGGAUUUUACAAUUAAAUAGUACAGUCACUAUCAGUAAUAUGAACAGCACUAUGAUAUUACCACAAGCUAUGUACCAACAUGCACCAGGAACGCCUCAAGCAGUGAAUAAAAUGAACGAGACCGUGGUGAUAGAAACAGGCAAAGAAGAAAAGAAUAAGGUUAUGAAUGAAACAGUCGUUUUGGAGAAAGUUUCAGAUAAGGCUCCAAUCGCACCGGGCAACGAUUCGCUCCUAACUGAUGACGAAUCACUGGAAAUGAAGACGCCGACUAACAAACAGAUACCGGAACCUACUUCCGCCGUAAAAGAAAAGGUUCAACAGUUUGAGGAAAUGGCAACGAGAGUGACUCGUACUAAAACGAGGGCUAUGGCUAAAAAGGAGGAACCAGUUCAAACAGACAAUCAAACGCCUCCAGAUAGGACAAAGCCUGUUAUAUCAACAGACACUCUCACUAAGAUGAACACUCUUAUAUUCAAUGGAAAACCUCCACAGAUUUCAUCAUCGGCGUCCAAGCCUCGUACUAAUAUACCUAUGAAGACUUCAGUAACAGCCUCUGCUUCUAAGAUCAGCGCCGCUAGAGAUGACGAAAGACGUGAGAAAGAAGAUGCUAGAAGGAAAAAAGAAGCUAUGUUAGAAGCUAAGAAGGAGAUGCAACGAAGAAAAAGAGAAGAGAAGAUGUCAGCGGCUGCAGCGGCUAGAACAGCGGCUGAGAACAUGAGGCGGGCAGCGAUACAGGCAGCGGAGAGGGAGAGGCGGGAGAGGCAGAUACAGGCAGACCAGGGCAGGCUGGAUAGACUGAAAGAGGUCGAGAAGAAAAAAAUGGAGCAAGCACGUAAGGCUGCUGAGACAGAGGAACGAAGGAAACUAGAGGAAGCUGCUCGAGCGAGCAGACUACAGAAUGAACAGAGGAAAAUGGAGGAGGCGAGGAAACGACAAUUGGAGGAGGAAAAAAUCAUGAAAAAGGAAGCAGCUCAAUGGCAGAGAGAAAUAGAGAGGAAACAAAGAGAGUUUAUAGAGAGAAUGAAAAUGAAAAAUUUAGAAGGAGACAGAACACCAAACAAAAUGGCUGCCAUCGAGCCCGUGUACAUGCAAGAUGGCUUCCAAUAUCUCAACUCCGAUGAAGAAGAACCUCCAGAAAGACCUCCACCUGUAUGGAGCACUUCUAAGAACCGUCGUAUCCAACUAUCGAUCCAGUCCCGUAUCAGUCAACAUCACAUCGACCGUCUGUUCAGUGUGAGGGAGCACACGCCCGACCUCAGGGAGAUCUUCCCCAACAUUGAGCGCGCGAGACUCAAGAGGACCUCCUCCGCUGUCUGGAGGACGCCGCCCAGGAUGGCCACGCUCGACGAGUGA